AAACUGUGGUGCGGUCACACCGAGCCUAGUCCUUAUGUUUUGUUUAUGGAAAAUAUCUUUUAGUUUUUGAGUAUUAAAAGCCAAAUCGAUGGCAACUGUGGCUGAAUGCAAUCACAGCGUCCUCGACCUGGUAACCAAAAUGGCCACAAUGCUGGUGGCCGAUGAGAUGAAGCCAAAAAAACAAACAGCUGUGCUGGUGGCCAAAAAGCGCUCCAAAAUCUAUGAAUCGCUGCUUCACAGUGAAACGAUGUCGUCCCAGGACAAGCUGGAGAUGCUCCACCAGGUGACCAGCGAGGUGGCAAAGAACCCAGACCGGAUGGACAUGCUGCUCAGGUUCCAAAAUCUGCUAGAAGGACAGGAUAAGGAAGAAUCGGAGAUUACACAGGACCAGGAUGAGGAAAACCAGUCCGAAGUGGUGAUCAAACGUAUCAAGGCAGGUCCACUGCAGCUGAUUGAAACCAUAGAGAUUGUGGAGGAGGCACUUCAUCCAAAGGCCUUUCCCGACAUCAAUCAAAUGAAUCGCGCCCUGAAACCCCUGCAACUACAGCCAUACUCCGAUAUUCUUACAACGAGUAACCUGAAUAUAAAUUUUCCGCCAGAAAAGCUAAUUCCGAAGAUCAUACCAUCUACUGUAAUUCGCAUGGGAUUAUCAGAGUCCAUUACACGCAUGAGGAACGAAAUGGAAAAACCAAUGCAUCCACCACCCCGAUUGCCAGUGCUCGCGAAAAAAGUCGUAGCUCCAUUAGAGGAUGAACGACCUUUUGUGGCCCAGCCUGGACCGGAGAAGCACUUCGUUUCGGAUAAAUUGUUGACCAACGAACUUAAGAUCCUCCGGAACAAGAACCUGGUUCUCAACUACCUAGAUGAAGCAACCCUAAUCGAUCACCUAAAGAAAGCAGCGUGUGGUAUUGAAUCUUUAACGUUUCCCAUCUCGUCGGCAGAUAAGUUGGAGUUGCGAGUGAGGCCCAACACAACUUUGCCAACUAUGCUGCCGGAGGUGCUGGCGGAUUUUGCAAAUCACUUCAUUCGUGCCGGCUGCGCCUUCCUGCGUUUGAGUUCCCGCACCAAAUGGAACAAUAUCGCCGAAAUGCGGCUGGAAAGGCCUCUAAAUCGAGCCAUGCGAGAGACGAUUAUGGACUAUCUAAGCACCACUCGGCAGUUUUUGCUCUCUUUGCAAGCCGAUAGCCUUUUCCAGCUGCUAAACAACACCUCCACAGCGAUUCAGUUACUCUGCCAACUAGAUAGGAUGUUCGAAAAUGAACCAAGAUUAAACCUGAACACUGGGAUAACUGGCUCCUUCCUGUUGAGCUCCAUCUGGCUGGCCAUCGACACCUGCGGAAACAAAGACUUCCUGCACCUGCUCAUCUAUUUCUUGCGCUGCAUAUCCCGUAAUUAUUUUAUUCAGCUACAGAGAUGGAUCUACCAUGGUGAACUAGACGAGUCGGUCAACGAGAUUUUCAUCAGCCGCUGUCUGAACACUUCACCGUCUUUUACAAACCAGUGCAGCAAAGAGUUCUUUGACAAAAGCUAUCAAGUGGACAACGAGGCGAUUCCUGAAUUUUUAGUCGGUUGCGAAGAGGAAAUUCUUCAAUGUGGCAAAUACAACCUGGUGCUAAGGGCAUAUAACGCUCAGCACCCCGUUUUUGACGUGCAGUACCCGGAUAUUGUGGUUUGCCUAACGGAGCAACAACUCAAAAAUAUGCGCCGCAACCUGGCCGAUAAGUAUGCCAUCAUCUAUAAACGUUUCGGAUGGUGCAGCAUGCAAAGCAUUUUCGAGGACCGCAUGGCGACAAAGCGUGUAUUUGCCAAUCUAAUGGUGAAGCGAACGCAGGCCCAUCUGGACGCGUGGGCGCAGAAGCAGCGUGAACUCCAAAUAAAAGCGAAUGCCCAGAAAAAACUCCAGAACGAUCAGUUAAACGCAGAGCAGGAACGUAUCCAGCAAAAUCACUUAGAGAAGCGGCGUCAGGACAUUGUUAAUGAACUUGCAUUUCAGCGGGAAUGCGAACGGAUGGAGGAUAAGCUCCUGGAGCGGGAAAAGCAAGAGCUGCAAAAGAAAGUGGUGCAGCUAGCAGCUGUCCUGUCGUCCAGUCCUGACCGAAGCACAGUCAGCGAUCUCAGUUUUGCAUCCUGCAUUGAGGAACCAGAUUGUCUAGCAGAAUCAUCUUCUGAUAAAGAUGAUGCAAAUACAGAAAAUUCAGAGGAUGAGGCAACAAAACAGUUGGAUAAGACUUUAAAUGUUCCAUUGGAACAGCCCGAAGCUGAAUAUCAAGCGGAUGUAGAUGUGGACCAACCACGUGGCAAAGAGUGUUCACUUCCCAAUGUGUUUCAGUAUCAACGGAGUCACUCGGACGUGAUAAAUUCUAACGAGCAUCCAACAACCCAAGCAGAGUUCAAUCGAAACCGCCAGCAUGGUCUCUCCUCCGACCAGUUUCAACAGUGUCAUGCCACGGUACAUCUACAAGAGUCCGACUUACUUAAAACCGCUGCCAGCACGAGUUCAGGAUUGCACGCAGAAAUUCCUCAAGAUAUUAAUGCUAAUCUCAAUUGCCCGGACACGAAAGAGCUGACCGAACUACAGCGAAACCGCAAGCGCAACGAGCAUCAUGACGGCUUCUUCAGUUUUAACUCUACCGAAGAUGAGCACACCCAUCGAUUGCGUUCCCUAUUGAACUCAAAUACUGAACGUGGCAGAAAUCGACUUCGGGUUAUGGAGACCGAGUUCGGUCUAGGUUAUAAGAACACGGAUAUAGAAACAAAGGCCACGCCCUGUUUGCCUCUCGAAAUCGACAAGCUUCACGUCGAAAUUCCCCUGGCGGUGCUAACUCCAAUGUCCACCACUUCCGAUGUGGAUUUCGGUGAUCCGUCGCCACGGGAACUACCAGAAAUAGCUGACACUGCUAAUAAUAACAAUGUUAGUGGGAGCAUUGAAAGUUUGUCUCCGGAGUUGCCAAAGCCCGUUCUUGCAAUUGCUAAACCAACUAGCUUAUUGCCGAAACUGGAUUUUGGAAUGAAAGAUGAAAGGGAGACGGAACAGGACAGAGAUAAAGUUAGCACUUUGCCCGAGGCUUGCAAUCCGUUUAUGGCCCGCCGCUGCCUGCAGCUCUCCGUAAUGGCGCCCCUUAACGCAUACUACGGACUGCUCCGAAAUGAAGUGCUGAGAAUAUUCCAGGAGCAGCGUAUCUACGAGCAUUUCCGCAAGCUCAGAAACUACUUUUUCCUGGUGGACGGUCAAUUUGGAGCUACACUCACGAACGAAAUUCUAGGAAGAAUAAGGGCGGGCGUUGGGCCACGAAGUCUCAGCCAGAAGGGCAUCCUUGACACCAUUUUAACCAAUGCGCUGGCGGCUUGUUCGGCGGAUGAAACGACGGUAUCGGAGAACCUUACCCUCAAUUGUACCACCAUCCCGGAUACGCUCAACUUCCUGUCCGUGGAAGCCACUUCUAUGCUAAAGCUGAACUGCAAGAUUGAUUGGCCUUUAAACAUGGUGAUCAGCUCGGAGACGAUUUCAAAAUAUGGCCAGAUCUUCGGGUAUCUGCUGAAGCUUCGUCACGUUAGUUUCGUGCUGGAUGGAACCUACGAGUAUCUGCAGCAAAUGGGCAAGCUUCUGGGACCGGAACUUCGGACAUGUACUCAUUUCCGACACAUGCAGAUGAUGCGCCACAAGAUGUCGCACUUCAUGACCUCGUUUCAAACGCAUCUGGUGGCCAAGGCCCUGUUGUCCACCUGGAAGAGCUUCAAGGAGGAGUUGUGCACAGCCGAUUCCAUUGAGGCGUUGUACAAGCAGCAUGUUGCCUACUUAAAGCGGGUAGCCUUCCUAGCACUGCUAAAUCGACGCAGUGCGAAAGUAAAGGAAACCAUUGAUAAUAUCCUAGUGAUUAUACUACGCUUUUGCAAAGUCAUUCAGUCGCAGUCCUUUAUUGUGGAUCAAGAUAAUUACUUUGUGCACCCCCGCUUCAAACGUCUGCAGCAGGAAGAGGCUGAGUUCGAGAAAUUCUUGCAGUAUCUCAUCUAUUUGGGCAACAAGGCGGCCGCUUCUGGUUACCAGGAGGAAAUCGGUGACCUGAUUUGUAUUAUUAACUUUAACCACUAUUACAAGGUAUCUGGGAACCAUACUGGUUCCUCAAUGGAGGACAAAAAGUGCUAGCCAAUAAUUGUUAGAUAGGGAAUUUAUCUUGCCAUUAAGCUGAGCUUAGAACAUUUUAAAAAAUAUUUAUGCAUGCAUGGCGUCUCCUAAAUGUAAAGCUUCGGUGAAGAAAAUCAGCUUUAAAGGCAUUUAUUUCUUAGUACUAUUUCUUUAGUUUCGGUUAACAGUUUUGUUGUGUUGUAAGUUAAUAUUAAUUUUCAAAUAACCGGCUCAAAUUAAAAGAAAAUAAUUUAAUUAGUAACAUCUAAUAGUGUUUUAAUUGAACUCGUAUUAAAUGCCGAAAAAACUGUUUUGAAUAUUUAUCCAUAUCAUUAAUAGAUUUCUGUUUAAUAUUUAAGAAAAACUUUUAAAAGAGACAAUUGUCUCUAAAGUAGAAUGUACGUAUUAAAUAUUGUAAUGAAACCAAUGUCGACAUGAUUUCUUGAAACUGUUGAUUCGAAUUUAUAAAUAAAUGUGCUUAUUUAUGUAUGUCUUACCAU